UGCAUAGUCCAGUGUAGGUUUUGUUAGCGUUUUUAUCGCGUAUUUGGGUUAUUUAACAAAAAAUAUGGUUAAGAGGUGUAGUCACGGACUUUGUAAUAGUGACGACAGCUAUCCUGAAAGGCUAGUUGGUGGAGUUCGAUUCGUACCCUUUCCAAAACCGAUGACCCAGUACGAAAAAUGCCUUCGAUGGAUCAAAGUUUGUGGAAGACCGCAUCAUCAACUAAAUCCAUCUAAUAUCAACCGGAACAGAUAUGUUUGCACGAAGAUGACGAAUGGACAGAUGUCAAGGGCUGAGGCGUUGGCCUGCUCAGGCUGCAGACACGCAUGUCAUGUGAUGCUCUACUCUGACACCGAAAGUCAGCUUUUUGGGAGAACUCCCAUCAAACACAUCGUACUGAUGCAGAUGCGCUUUGACGGUCUGCUGGGUUUCCCUGGCGGGUUUGUUAAUCAAUCACAAGAGAGUUUGGAGGCGGGGCUUCGUAGGGAGUUAAAGGAGGAGUUGGGAGUGGCUCUUUCUAUAUCUGAAGACGAUCAUGCGGAUGCACGCUAUGCCGUUGGAACAUCCCCCGCGUCCCCUCGUCUCAUCACUCACUUUUAUGUGAAGAAGCUAAAGGAGGAGCACAUUAAGGAGGUGGAGCAGGCAUCUGCUUCCACAGCAAAAGAUCACGGCCAGGAGGUCUUGGGGAUGGUCCGAGUACCGCUCUACACUACAAAAGGCGGGGGUGGCCUCUCGUCAUUUCUGUCGCACGCGUUCAUCGGGAGUGCUCGCACCCAGCUGGUCGAUGCUCUGCUGCGCCUCCACCUGACUGCCCCCGAGGACCUGCACAAAGCCCUCGAGCGCUCAAUGAAGACGCAUGCACUUGGCGCAGCGGACCUGCGAGCAGCACUUGCGCUGACCGAGGCCAAGAGGGAUGAGUCAUGAAUAAUGGUUACUCAAGCACACACAGGAGUACAUUCACAAGAUGGGUAAACAGUAGUACCACCACACCAAACUCAUCCUCACACACAAAACAGCCUAAUCUGAAUUAUUCCAACCAAGCACGUAGCAAACAUCUUGGAAAAUUUGAAUAUUUUGCAAAGUUUAAUGUAUUUCACUUCAAAAAUUAAAACUCAAUACAGUAUUAAAACAUUCAA